UAUUUGCAUUUGGCUGUCUUACAUCGACUUGGCUCUAGUAACGCUCGCGUAUGACGACGGCUGGAAAGGGAAACAUGAAACUAAAAUCGUCAGUAGAAAAUCCAGUUUGACGGAAAGAUCCCUUUCUAUUACGGAAACUUUGAAUUCGCGUUCUGCAAAGACGGGAUAACUACGGCUGUUUGGAGAGACGAGAUAAAGGUGGUUUUUCAAACGACAAACUACAACAGCAAGACUUGUCUUGCUAAAUAGAAAUCUAUUUUUCAAGGCUGUUUGAAAUUUGGGAAUUUUGGUGAUUAUUACUGGUUUUUCAGUUUUGAAGCUGUUAUGGGGAACGUGUUUUUCCUGUCGCUUCGUCGUAUUCGACCGAUGUUAAAGGUGAAAAGACCUUUUCAUGUUGUAAUGCUUGGUCUUGACAACAGUGGGAAGACAACUAUCCUUUACCGUAGUAAAUUCCGAGAAUUCGUAAAGACUGUCUCGACUACAGCUUUCAACGUGGAAAUAGUUAGGCCAUUCAAAGGAGUACGAUUUAAAGUGUGGGAUAUUGGCGGAAGAGACCAGAAUCGGCCGCUCUGGAAGGCUUACGUUCGACACACCGAUGCAAUCAUCUUUGUCGUUGACAGUACGAACGAGUCACGGCUAGAGGAAGCUAAAGAAGAGCUUUUCAAUAUUUUAAACUGUGCCCAGCUUAACGGAGCUCCAAUACUCGUAUACGCGAACAAACAAGAUCUUCCCAGCGCCGUGUCGCCCAGAGAAAUCGCGAAUAGACUUUCUUUACACGAUCUCAACUCAAGGCAUCAAUGGUUUGUCCAGCCGUCGUCAGCAUUACUUGGCGAAGGCCUGCAAGAUGGCCUCCUAAGACUCUCCGAAAUGAUCAUACAAUGGAAAUUAGAUUUAAAACGAUCGAAAGCCAACAGAAAAAGAAAAAGCUUGGCUUCUUCGAGAACAAAUUCAAUCAAUAAUAUUAUAUAAUUCUGAUGUUACCACGAAAAUAUUAAUUUAUAGCUUUUAUUUUGAUUAUCUGAAUUCUUUUAAUAGAACAUGGAUUUAGUUCUUAGUAGUUUUGGGUAAAUAAUUCGAAACAUUGUAAAUAGAUCGAAUUCUGUUGCGUUAUUUUACAGAAAUCCGUUUUAGGAGGAGUGGUUAAUUUAUUUAAAUCGAAGAAGAGUUGUUAAUAACUCCGUUAAGAGGAAAGGAAAAUUGAGGAACACAUUUAUUUAGUCAGGUUACAAGAAUUCUUUAAUUCAUUACAUUCAUGGAGAGUCAACUAUUGAUCUUCGUACAUCAGAAUUUGUCUUUGUUUUUUUGUCUAGAAUAUUGCUCUCCGUACGAUCUACACCUGUAACCAUUUUUACGUUCACAAUUUUGCGUGGGCAAAUUAAAGACCUCACACCAAUGA